AUGGCAGAAGCUAUGCAGGCCGAUCCGCAGAGCCCGCAACCAAAGAAGCGGGGAGCGCCUGAAGAAGAGAAGCUCAGCUUGGAGGCCAUCCGUGAAGUUGUCAGGAGCGAAGUGGGGGGCAGCACAGCCGCCCUUCGUGCAGAGAUCGGCCAGAGGAUGGACCGAGUGGAGACGGGGGUCACAGCCCAGUUGGAGAAGACGUUGGAAGGGCUGGCGACCAUCAACAACCAGCAGCUCGAGCAGCAAAGGGUCGUGGAAGCCAUCCAGGGGGAGCAAUACUCGGUAAACGCCCGGCUCCAGGCACUGGAAAGCAAGGUGCAAGUGCUCCAGACGACCGGGGGGACGAGCACCACGGCUGAUACCGAAGAAACCUUGAAUAAGGUGAAACAGAUGGUCAAAGAUUUGCGCUUGGAUAUCUGUACCGACAACGCCUUCGUUCCGGGGGUGAGACGCGGAUACGCUAUCAUACCCUAUGCCAACAAAGAGGGGGAAGACAGCCAGCAGCUACGCGAGAGGCUGACGGGGGCGCUCAAACGUGUGCGUCAAGCCAACGUGCAGAUGGGGGCGCAUGCUGAUGGUAAAGCCAAAUACCUCCCACAGAAGCAGAAGAAGCAGGAGCGGGGUGGAUCAACCUCAAAGCCAUCGCACGAGGACUACACCAGACCAACCACGAAGUCGAGGAUGAGAACAGAACCCACCGAGAGCAGCGGAGAGCAGGGGGACGACCCUGCAGAACAGUUUCACACGUUGCGGCCGCCCCCUAAGGGGGGGAAGCAAAAGCCUUUCACAGUCGCCACCUGGAACGUGGGCGGCCUCACCGCUGCAAACGCACUGGAGAUGCUGCAGACGUUCGGGGGAAACACGGCCUUGUCCUCAGUUGCAGUUGUACUGUUGCAAGAAGUUAUCACGGAAGCUGGUAGGCAUUUUGCAGCCAGCAAAGCAUGGAAGUUAGUUUACGGCAAGAUGGCAGGGGAAUGGAGGGGAGAGGGGGUUGCUUUCUUAGCAGCGAUCGGGACGCACACCGGCACACAGGUGCUCCGAGCGGGGGUUGCCACAACACUGCUGUUGCCGACGGGAAAGAAAGUGGGCCUGCUUAGUGCGCACAUGCCACACCAUGCCACCAUCCCGCGAGCAGAGGCCAUCAUGCUAGAAUGGGGGGAAUGCACUGCCCUACGAUGCCCCAAAGCAGUGGUCGGCAUUGAUGCAAAUGAACAAUUCACUCCCUCAGAGCACGCCAGCCACCAAGAACAAGCACAAGGCCACACGGGGCGAGCGGAAAGCAUCCUGGCAUGGCUCGCGCACAACCACAUUCGGCUGCCGCCGCAGGACCUCCAAGCUCCCUCCCACUUCCCUUAUGACACCACGCAAACACCAAGAAGGCUCGACUAUGUGGCGAUCCGGGGCAUCUUCUCCUUGCAAGGGCAAGUCCUACAAGCCAGGGACAUAGCACGGUCCGACCAUGAACCGGUGGCACUGCAGCUAAGGGGAGAUCCGCCCAAGCAACCCAAGCAGCCAGACAGAUGUGGCCCCAGACAUGUCCACAUACGGUCGUCAGACGAACUACAACAUAUCCUGGACCAAGCGGCGCAAAUCCCACCGGGGGACAGGCACCACCAGAUCGCCGUCCUCAGCCAACACAUCACCAAGCCAGGCCGGGGGAAACACGCGCGCUUCGAGGAAAGCAAGUCCCUCAAGCAGGCAAGACGCCUGGCACACAACACCCCCCCAGGGGAAGCACGGCGCCAAGCGUGGAAAGCUGUCAGCAAGCAACUGCACCAAGAACAAAGGGCAUGGAAACAGGCCAUCGCAGAUCGCGCCAGCCAACAUGACUGGCCUGCAUACAGACAACACAAGAAAGGCAGCAGCGGGGAGACCUGGAUCGCCGCGCUUACUGACACACACGACUGGCAAGGAGCCCUCCUUGCACACUUCAAGAACAUCUUCCACAAAGCCGACGGGGACGCCAGGGACGCGGACUUCGCAGCAAGACGGGGGAGGCUUAGAUGGCAAUGCAAGCAUACCACGUGGCAGCCCUUCACAGCAGAGGAGAUUGAGGGGGUGGCAACAAGGUGGAAAAACAGCAAGUGCACCGUCGAACGAGGAAUCACUGUGCUCCUACCCAAGGAAGCCACCCCCCUCAGCUGGGGGGAGACCAGACCCAUCACUCUCAGCAGCACCAUCCUCAAGGCCAUAGCACAGCUCCUCUUACGCAGGUGCGCCUACACCCUCAAGCCACACAACACAUUGCAGUGGGCGGCACCGGGGAGGCAAGGCACCGAAUUGAUCCUUACACUGCGUAAAGUGGCAAGAAUGGCCAGGGAUUGGGGGGGCACUUUCUGGAUCAUCAAAUUGGACCUUGCCAAGGCGUUCGACUCUGUUGCGCAAACGAGUCUCGCCGACCUUGUCGAGCGGCGCAUGGGGGCGGAUCACCCAUGGGAGGCAGUCUUGUGGAUGUCGCUUCUGCAAGCCAGGGGGGUUACCAUCGCUGCGGGGGGGGCGGACACGCUGGUCCCACAAACAAACGGGGUACGCCAGGGCUCCCCAGACUCACCAGUGCUGUUCUCGGCCAGGGUGGGGGAGUGCCUCCUGCAAACGGUGGCCCAGACCCAAAACCAGCAGCGCCAAGGGGGAAACCCCAAGCUACCACCGCCGCCACACCACGCAGGAGCCUUUAUGGAUGACACAUACUUGUGGGGGGAGCAGGCGGACCACCUUCAACGUACCCUCGAUAUCCUCCAAAGGUUGCUGCGGGAGCACGGCCUGCGCAUCAAUCCCAAGAAAACCCGCAUCAUCUGCAGCACAGAUGACCCACACAGGUUCCACAUUGAUGGGGAGUGGGUUGCAGCCGAGUCGGGGGAGGCAGCCUUGACAGUCCUGGGAUCCCCAGUGAGCUUUCGGGGGGGGCCGCCGCACCUUGCGGCAGAAAUGUGCACCAGAGCGCGAAAGGCCUGGGGGAAGAACAAGGCCUUGCUCACAGCAGACACCAACCUCAAGCAACGACUGCAGCUACACAACAUACUAGUCAGACAGAGCGCGUUAUGGGCCGCAGAGACCUGGCCAGUGCAAACCACGCUGCUACAGGCAGCCAACGUGCAACAGCUCCAGCAGGUCAGAAGCAUGGUUGGAGGGGGACGCGCACCGGGGGAGCCUUGGACCGAAUGGAACAAACGGUCGCUCCGAAUGGCACGCGUGCACCUGCACAAGAACAAGAUCGAGCGAUGGUCCACGUACAUCCUACGGAUGAUCUGGGGGAUCUGGGGGCAUGCCGCACGUGCACAGGACAUCACCUACGAAAUGCUCAUGUGGAGGGGGAUGGAAUGGUGGUGGCAACAGCAAGCUCUACCCGACGAUGUCGGAGCACGGCACGCAGAUAGAUUCAACAGCAGCCUGGACGCAGAGAGGCACAUAGCAGCCAUUGCAGGCACGAGGUGGGGGGAAGUCGCGAGAGACCGGCUGGCGUGGGAGGCCCUAGAAGAGAAGUUCGUGGAAGCCCAUGACCCACCCUGGUGUUCGGGGAAGCAGGCGCAGCUGCAAAACCUCGCGCAGACAAAGCAAGACGCCAGGAGGGCGAAAGCAAUCAGAGACAGAAGGCAAGCCAGGCGAGCAGGCCGCAGACUGCUCAACUAG